GGAAGCGCCGGCGGCCCCGCAGCGCAGGUAAACAGCCAAGAUGGCGGCGGGGACGGGCCUGACGGACCUGCCGGGCGAGCUGCUGGAGCUCAUCCUCUGCUGCGAUGUGCUGGGCGCCGCCGACAUCGGCCGCGUCUCCUGCACCUGCCGCCGGCUGAGGGAGGCGUGCCAGCCCCGCGGCAAGGUGUGGAGGGAGCGCUUUCGCCUCAGGUGGCCCUCCCUGCUGAAGUACUACAGCCACAGUGACAGUGUCAGCUGGCUGGAGGAGUACAAGGCACGGCACAGGGCAGGGCUGGAAGCACAGAGGAUCGUGGCUUCCUUCUCCAAAAGGUUCUUCUCAGAACAUGUCCCCUGUGAUGGAUUCAGUGACAUUGAGACUCUGGGGUGCCCCAGCCAUUUCUUUGAGGAUGAGCUGAUGUGUAUCCUCAACAUGGAAGGAAGGAAAGGUCUCACCUGGAAAUACUAUGCAAAGAAAAUUCUCUAUUUCCUACGGCAGCAGAAUAUAUUAAAGAACCUGAAGGAGUACCUGCAGCGCCCCACAGAGCAGCAGUCCUUCCUGGAGGGUGCUGUUUUGAUUGAUCAGUACUGUAACCCCCUGUCAGACAUCUGCCUGAAGAGUGUCCAGGCCCAGGUGGACGAUAUCACAGACAAAGUGCGCAGAGUGCUGCGGACCAGGAACCCCAGGCACCCCAGCUUGGCCUCCAAGGCAGGAGAGGUUCUCGUUCCAGAAGUGGAACUUCAGAGGCAGGUGCUUGAUGCCAUGAACUGUGUCCUGUAUGAGCAGCUGAAAUACAAAGGAAAUGAGCUGGAUUAUUACAACUCCCUGAAUUCCUACAUUCACCAGGUUUUGAUCCGCAGGACAGGAAUUCCAAUCAGUUUGUCUGUGCUUUAUUUAACAAUUGCCAGGCAGCUGGGAGUCAAACUGGAGCCUGUCAACUUUCCCAGCCAUUUUCUGCUGCGAUGGUGUCAAGGGAAAGAAGGAAGCACAGAUAUUUUUGACUACACCUACAUCGAUGCCUUCGGGAAGGGGAAGCAGCUGACAGUGAAGGAGUGCGAGUACCUGAUCGGGCACCACGUGACAGAGGAGUUCUAUGGGGUGGUGACCUCCAAGGAGGUGCUGCAGCGCAUGGUGGGGAACCUCCUCAACCUUGGCAAGAGAGAGAGCACUGACCAGUCCUACCAGCUCCUGAGAGACUCCCUGGACCUGUACCUGGCCAUGUACCCAGACAAUGUGCAGCACCUCAUGCUCCAGGCCAGGCUGUACUUCCACCUGGGAAUCUGGCCAGAAAAGGUGCUGGACAUCCUGCAGCACAUCCAGGCCCUGGACCCCUCCCAGCACGGGGCCGUGGGGUACCUGGUGCAGCACACCCUGGAGCACAUCAAGCGGCGCAAGGAGGAGCUGGGCCCCGAGGUCAAGCAGCGCUCGGACGAGAAGCACAAGGAGGUUUGCUUCUCCAUUGGGCUCAUCAUGAAACACAAGAGGUAUGGCUACAACUGUGUGAUUUAUGGCUGGGAUCCUGCCUGCAUGAUGGGCCACGAGUGGAUCCGGAAUAUGAACGUGCACAGCCUCCCCCACGGCCCCCACCAGCCCUUCUACAACGUCCUGGUGGAGGAUGGCUCCUGCAGAUAUGCUGCCCAAGAGAACCUGGAGUACAACUCCGAGCCGCGGGAGAUCCCUCACCCCGACAUCGGCCGCUAUUUCUCCGAGUUCACCGGCGUGCACUACCUGGCAAACACCGAGCUGGAAAUCCGCUACCCCGAGGAUUUGGAGCUCACCCGAGCCACAGUGCAGAAGAUUUACAGCUCAGGCAAGGAGUGAGUGCCAAAGGCAGCCUGGGGACACAAGCAGCUGGAGUGUAGCUUUACCCUCUUUGCAGAACUUGCGUGGGAAGCAAGUUUGGUGACAAUCCUUUGGCUGAAUGCAUUGAAAACUGCAUUGGACUUGGAAACUGGUGCUACAGCAUCUUCCCAUUGUCUGCCUGCCCAUCCUGGCCCAGAGGCACAGGGACACUUUGGUACUUGAGGCCCAGCAGGAGGAUCUUGCAGGGACAGCUGUGCCAGGAGUGCUGUCCUUAGGAAGGAUCUGCACAUUCUGCUCCUUCUGUGGUGGCCAUGGAAGGUCAACAGAGUGUGGAAUAUGGAAGAACCCCUCUUCCAGAGAAGGAAGCUGCUUGUCCUGGCAGUAUUUUUGUCUGGCCAUGUCUGUCUGGUUUGGUUUGAGUGUCUGUCCCAUGCAGGCAAUAGUUUUUAAAGUCUCUCACGUUUCACUCUUGUCUUCUCCGGUCUGAAUUUUUGGGUCAGGUAUUGCUUCACCUCUGUAGUCUGAUUGUUCCUAGAGCUACUGUUCCAAUCCUGAAUAUCCUUCUGGGCCUGGCAAUAUCCUUAUGGGCCUGGGAAGGAGCUCCAGCCACAAAACCAGCAGCAGUGAGGCUCGUGGGGUAAUGAGCAGUGCUGACCCAGGGCCAGUGGUCACCCCACCAAUGGCAGAGACUCAGAAAGCAGAGGAGGAGCUCCUGGCCCUUCUCCAGCUCCUGUCCUGACCCUGUUUUUGGGUCUGUCCAUCAUGUGUGUCCAAGGUGGGAUCCAUGGCACAGCCAUGAGUGUUCCCAGGAGGAUUUGGAACCUUGUGGGGAUGUUUGGUGGGACCUUGAGGGCAGCACCAGAGUGACUUCAAAGGACACAGAGCUGCCACUCGCUGCCAGUUUUAUUUUCCAAUAGGUAUUUAUGCAAUACAGUGGAAUGAUGACUGGAACCUGGCCAUCUCUGGAGUCAGCCAAACCAUUAUGGAAGCAAGAUGUUAAUUCCUGCAGCUUGAGGCCUUCUUCCUUGUUGCCAAAAGAAAACGGAUUCUGGGGGAGCGCAGACUUGGCUGCCUACAAGGGAGGAGCUUUAGCAGCUCCAGGCACGUGACUUUUAACCUUGACUUAAAGGCCCAGACAGAACCACUGCAGAAGAGGUUUCCUUCUGGGCUCAGGGGCUCUGGGGUGCAGAGUGACACAGUGUUUGUGCAUAUCUUUGUGGUUUCUGAAGCAAUGUGUGUAGAGUAGCUGCAGCUUGUGUCUCCUGUCACUGUCCACUUGCAGCACAGUAAUUCUUCUCUCUGAGCUGACAAUUAGGGCCCUGUAGAGGUAGGUGGAUGCUCUUUAGUCUCUUAUGCACUACAGGUAUCUCCACGUGGAAUCACAGCCCUCCUCUCCAGCAAUGCCUGCCCUGCAUGUCACCUCCUGCAACCCUGAGCACUGGUUUGCUGUGGAAAUAAAUGCUGAGAGCCCA